AUGGUGUCUGCCAAGAGAGAUUCGGUACACGGCGAGGCAAGCAAUGGGGAGCAGCAAAACCGAGAACCCAAGGAUGGCAAAGAUGCGCUGCUUGCCGAGCAAAAGAUUACCUUUAUAGCAUGCUUCCAAGGCGGCGUUGCCAGCUUGGGAGGCUUCAUUUUUGGAUAUAUUAGCGGUCAGAUAUCUGGCUUCUUUCUCAUGCAGGACUUCCAGGAAAGAUUUGGCGAACUACAACCCGAUGGAACCUAUGACUUCAGUGCCGCCAGGCAAGGCACCAUUGUAGGACUGGUCAGCGUUGGCGCCCUUAUAGGCUCGCUGAUUGCAGGCAAAAUGGCCGACCUCAUCGGCCGCAGGCUGACCAUUUCCGCUGCUGCCUUCUUCACCUGCGUCGGCACCGUCAUUGAGAUAUCGUCUUCGUAUCACUGGGCUCAGUUUGCCGUCGGAAGACUAGUCAGCGGCGUAAGCAUUGGCGCAUUGUCAGUCGUCGUACCCAUGUACCAGUCCGAGUGCGCUCCAGCCAUCAUCCGCGGCGUCAUCGUCGCCUCGUACCAGCUCCUCAUCACCUUGGGCAUCUGGACUGCGGAAAUGGUCAAUUGGGGAACAGAAGCGAGGACAACCAGCGCUUCAUGGCGCAUCCCAAAUGGCUUGUCCUUUGCGUGGGCUCUCAUCCUCGGCUCAACCAUCUUGUUCAUGCCCGAAAGCCCACGAUACGACUGCAGCCGUGGCCGGGUUGACCGUGCUCGCAUGGCAAUCGCCAAGCUGUCUGGCCUCGCGCCCGACUCCCAGGGCGUAAACCACCAGCUCGCCGAUAUCCAGAACAAUCUCCACGAGGAGAGCCGAAGCGCCGACCAGUUCCGGUUCAGCGAAAUCUUCACCGCGCCACGCAUGCUGUACCGCACUAUUCUCGGCAUCGUUCUCCAAGCCGGUCAGCAACUGACUGGAGCCAACUUCUUCUUCUACUUUGGGACAACCGUGUUUGCUGCCACUGGAAUCAGCAACAGCUACGUGACUCAGAUUAUCCUCGGAUCCGUCAAUGUCUUCUGCACAAUCAUUGCCUUGUGGGUGACGAAGCGGUUCGGCCGUCGCAAUACCCUGAUGAUUGGUGCCGCGUGGAUGAUGAUGUGCUUCCUUGUGUAUGCCUUUGUCGGCCAUUUUGCCCUCGACCACGACAAUCCGAUGAACACACCAAAGGCAGGCUCCGCUCUGGUCACAUUCUCAUGUCUGGCCAUCGCCGCUUUUGCCGUCAGCUGGGGUCCUUUGGUCUGGGCCGUCAAUGCAGAGUUGUACCCUCUUCGUUAUCGUAGCACUUGCAUGGGUCUGGCCACCGCCUCCAACUGGUUAUGGAACUUUUUGAUAUCGUUUUUCACACGGUUCAUCACCGACGAGAUUGACUAUCUGUACGGUCUAGUCUUUGCAGGCUGUUGCGCUGCCCUCGUAGUCAUUGUCUUCUUCUUCGUGAUUGAAUCGAAAGAUCGCAGUCUAGAAGAGAUUGAUACAAUGUACGUCCAGAAAGUCAAUCCCAUCAAGUCUGGCCACUCUUCCGGCCAUUGGAACACGGAUGACUACCGCCAGGACAUCAGGAGGCUCAGCGGUGCUCACGCCGAGACUGACUAA